AUGGCCCCAUUCUUCGCCAACGGCACCUGCGACCCCUUCUUCACCCAGUCUCUAAACUAUGCACGCUGGGAAAUUACAUCACCCUUGCUGUCAAUGUCAGCAUGCCAGACCACAUUAGGAUACUUUAUCCCGUUUAGCCAGCCCGAUCCAUACCACCCCAACUUCCAACGCGCCUUUUAUGGCGGCGCCAAUUAUCCCUCACUGAUUCGUAUUAAGGCAAAAUAUGAUCCCCAAGACGUUCUCUAUGGUGGACGGAUGGCAGCUGGGCCCUAG